AAACUAAAUUGACCUCUGAUAUAUGUGCAAUAUCUAGCAAAUACAGCUAUUUAAUUCAAAUAGUUUGUUUGUAGUAAGAGAAACAAGAAAUAAUAAAUUAAGGAUUUUGAAAUAAAUAAAUUUCAUUCGGGAGUCAAUUUAAGUUAUGACAUAGCAAUUUAGAAACAUAAUAAAAAGAAUUUAUUUUCUGCCUGUCAUACAACUUUUCGAUUAGAAAAGUUAUCAAACUAAAGUAUUUUCAGUUUGGCUUUUGUGUGUUAAAAGUUUGAGUAAAAAUGUGUCUGAUUUUACUUAUUGCGGCGUCAUUAGUUAGUACAGCUUUAAGUGAUAAUUUAAGAGAUAAAUUAAGCAUAGGCAAUCUGUAUCCGGACGAUGCCUAUUACCACAUGAACUUCACGACAAAAUGCUUCGGAGAUUUGGGAUGUUUCUAUACCGGUCCUCCUUGGUACCAUCCUCUGUACAGACCAGUAACUGUACCGCCGCAAGAACUGCACACGAAGUUUCUGUUGUAUACACGCUCCAAUAAACAGAAGCCCUAUGAUCUGAAACCAACAACAGAAUCACUGUCAAAGUCUCCUUUCAAAGAUAAUUCAACAACAAUAGUACUCGUUCAUGGAUAUUUAGCUCGCCCAAAAGAUUUUACAGGUACAAUGAAAGAGCUCCUGAAGUAUUCCUCUUACAAUGUAAUCAUUGUCGACUGGUCACGUGAAAGUAGCGGUACUCUAGCUCAAUCUGUUGCCAACGCCAGAUUAGUCGGAGCGUAUACAGCUAAACUUCUUCAUUUAAUAAUGAAUCAAACUGGAUUGGAGCCAGAAAACAUCCAUCUUGUUGGUCACAGCCUUGGAGGUCAGCUGAUUAGUUACGUUGGAGAGAGAAUUAAUAAUUUGGGCAGAAUAACAGGCUUGGAUAUAGCAGGUCUAUACUUUGAUAAUGCACCCAAAGAAGUUCGUUUAGAUAGGAGUGAUGCUAUCUUUGUUGAUGUUAUACAGACGAAUAAAGGGAAAAAUCUUUAUGAGGGCUCAAGCCCAGAUGAUAUUGUUGGACACGCUGUUUUCACCGUCAACGGUGGUAAUCGUCAACCAGGCUGCAAAUACAAACCUACGAAACGUCCUCGUGGCUACUCUGGUCUUCAGUCCGGGCCCUUAUGCAGCCACAGGAGAGUUCUGGACAAUUUUAAGUCUUCCAUCAAUACUUGUAAGUACACUUCAUACGCAUGCUUCUCCUACGAAGCAUAUAAGAAUCGUCAAUGCAAGGACACUCCAUACAAGAACAGGAUGGGAUUCCACGCUGUCAAACCACCCUAUCAGCUCAAUUAUUUCUUGGACACCACCGGUAAAGCUCCCUACUGUGAAGCCAAAUAAUUUCUCUAAUCCUUCGAUUGUUAUGUAGUAAUGAAUCCUCAUUAAAUUAUGAAUUAGAUUGCAUUUA